AUGCAGCAGUUCAUAAGCCUGGCUAUGCAUAGUUUCAUUGCUUCGGGUGUGUUUUCACCCCGCAGUGUGAAUAUAGAAGCUUCAGAACUUCGAGAACUGGCCCUUUUGGCCAUCAAAGCCGAGCUCUUUCAAUUCUACAAGAACCUGAGAUCUACCGACCAAAGGUGGCGAGAGAAGGGAUCCGAGGUCUGGAACUUGACUAUGGCAAUAGGCAUGAUUGGAAAUGAGGAUACCUACAACUUGUCGGCAAAAGCAGCUGAGUCGCACGGUCUUCUUAGAUUCGUCCUCUGGCUGCUGCACAAGUACGCCGAUGAAUUCGCCAAGCAGCCGGAUGAGCUGGCUCGCAAGUUCGCACUCUUGACGGCUUGUACAGAAGCUGCCCAUGCCAUGGACGAGCUGCUGGAGUUGGAAUUCCGACAGUUCACUCGACAACAUUGCCAGGCCCUGCUGCAGCUGUACCUACGCUUUUUAACGCUUUACUUGAAAGCGGGCGGUGUAUGGAGGCCGAAAUGUCAUCUUCUUGUGCACAUGAUUCAGCGGGCUCUUCACAGAGGGAAUCCGCGAUUGUACUCCACCUAUCGUGACGAAAGCUUGAAUGGGGUCAUAGCCAAGAUUGCUCGUUCUGCUCAUCGCAGCACUUGGUCGAAUGUGAUCCACUGGAAAUGCAACUUUCUUCAGCAAAAGAAGCUGGAGUGCUCGAGUGAGUGA